UCUAGAUGAAAAAUAUGUACAUUGUACAUUGUACAAGAAAAAACGUUACAAUCAUAAUGAUAAUCCGUAUUGCAAAAAUACGUAUUUUGAUUCGUUGAUUUGAAAAAACCCGCCAGCCAAUCACGUUCGUUCUUUUCAAACACUGCGCACAGAAUUGUAUAAAUACUGCGAACGAUUCCCACUAGGUAUCAUUUGCUCAUUGUUCCAGUCUUCAAUUGACGUGUGUUCCUGUUCAAUCAUCAUUCGACAUGGCUCGUACCAAGCAAACCGCUCGUAAAUCCACCGGAGGAAAAGCCCCGAGAAAACAAUUGGCCACCAAAGCUGCCCGUAAAAGCGCACCAGCUACCGGAGGAGUGAAGAAACCUCAUCGUUAUCGUCCCGGUACGGUCGCUCUUCGUGAAAUUCGUCGUUACCAGAAAUCGACCGAACUUUUGAUCCGUAAAUUACCGUUCCAACGGUUGGUUCGUGAAAUCGCUCAAGAUUUCAAAACCGAUUUACGUUUCCAAAGCUCUGCCGUUAUGGCUUUACAAGAAGCUAGCGAAGCUUACUUGGUCGGUCUUUUCGAAGAUACCAACUUGUGCGCUAUUCACGCUAAGCGUGUAACGAUCAUGCCUAAGGAUAUCCAAUUGGCGAGAAGAAUCCGUGGAGAAAGAGCUUAAUUUAUUCAAGCGUUAAAACAAAACGGCCCUUUUCAG